AGUAGUGAAGGGGCCUCUGCAGGGCGGCUCUCGCGCCGCGGCGGCGACGGCGGGGGCCGGGCGGGCGGGCCAGACUCCGCCCCUCGUGAGGCGGGGCGGGGCCUCCGUGUCGCUAUAAAAGCCGCGCGCCGGCCGCGCCGGGUACAGCCGGUUUUGCGCCCGCCGCCUGACGGUUAUGGCGUCGCUCACCGUGAAGGCCUACCUUCUGGGCAAGGAGGAGGCGGCGCGCGAGAUCCGCCGCUUCAGCUUCUCCUUCAGCCCCGAGCCUGAGGCGGAAGCCGAGGCUGCGGAGGGUCCGGGGCCCUGCGACCGGCUGCUGAGUCGGGUGGCAGCCCUGUUCCCCGCGCUGCGGCCCGGCGGCUUCCAGGCGCACUACCGCGAUGAGGAUGGGGACUUGGUUGCCUUUUCCAGUGAUGAGGAAUUGACAAUGGCCAUGUCCUAUGUGAAGGAUGACAUCUUCCGAAUCUACAUUAAAGAGAAAAAAGAGUGCCGGCGGGACCACCGCCCACCGUGUGCUCAGGAGGCGCCCCGCAACAUGGUGCACCCCAAUGUCAUCUGUGAUGGCUGCAAUGGGCCCGUGGUAGGAACCCGCUACAAGUGCAGCGUCUGCCCAGACUACGACCUGUGUAGUGUCUGUGAGGGAAAGGGCUUGCACCGGGGGCACUCCAAGCUCGCGUUCCCCAGCCCCUUUGGACACCUGUCUGAGGGCUUCUCGAACAGCCGCUGGCUCAGGAAGCUGAAACACGGGCACUUCGGUUGGCCAGGCUGGGAGAUGGGCCCACCAGGAAACUGGAGCCCACGUCCUCCUCGUGCAGGGGAUGCCCGAGCUAGUCCCACGGCAGAAUCAGCUUCUGGUCCAUCGGAGGAUCCCAGUGUGAAUUUCCUGAAGAACGUAGGGGAGACCGUGGCAGCUGCCCUCAGCCCUCUGGGCAUUGAAGUUGAUAUUGAUGUGGAGCAUGGAGGGAAAAGAAGUCGCCUGACCCCUGUCUCUCCAGAGUGUUUCAGCACAGAGAAGAGCAGCUCGCAGUCAAGCAGCUGCUGCUCUGAACCCAGCAAGCCCCGUGGGAACGUUGAGGGCGCCACGCAGUCACUGGCGGAGCAGAUGAGAAAGAUUGCCCUGGAGUCCGAGGGGCACCCUGAGGAACAGAUGGAGUCUGAUAACUGUUCGGGAGGAGACGACGACUGGACCCAUCUGUCUUCAAAAGAAGUGGACCCAUCUACAGGUGAACUUCAGUCCCUACAGAUGCCAGAAUCUGAGGGGCCAAGCUCUCUGGACCCCUCCCAGGAGGGACCCACAGGGCUGAAGGAAGCUGCCUUAUACCCGCAUCUGCCGCCAGAGGCAGACCCACGGCUGAUUGAGUCCCUCUCCCAGAUGCUGUCCAUGGGCUUCUCUGACGAAGGUGGCUGGCUCACCAGGCUCCUGCAGACCAAGAAUUAUGACAUCGGCGCAGCUCUGGACACCAUCCAGUAUUCGAAGCAUCCUCCACCGUUGUGACUGCUUUUGCCCACCUCUUCUGUUGUCCCCCCCCCCGCUUGUGUGUCAUAGUUGUGUUAAGCUAGUGUAGAAUUGCAGGUCUCUGUAUGGGCCAGUUUCUCUGCCUUCUUCUUCCAGGAUCAGGGAUUGGGGUGCAAGAAGCCAUUUAGGAAGCAGCAAAACAAGUGACGUGAAGGGAGAGUCCUCGUGUGUGUGCACUGAUGUCUGAGAAACAAGACCGGCCUCCGGAUUCCCUGGCUCCUUGCAGCGGCGCUGGGCCUGUGAGACCUGAGGCUCACUGCAGUGUGCUCCUGACGGAGCUACAUUAGCAGCCCAGCACAUAGCUUGACUAAUGGCCUUCCACUCUUUUUUUUUUUUUUUUUUUUUUAAUGACUUAUAGGUCCCUGACAUUUAGUUGAUUUUUCUGCUAGAGACCUGGUACUCUCUGAUUUUAUUAUUAUUUUUUUAUUUUUAUUUUUAUUUUUUCUCAUUAGAUCCAUGGUAGAAGUUACUCUCUGAUUUUAGAUAAAGUAAGCCUAGGUGUUGUCUGGGGGUAAACAGGGGAGGGGGCUGUCCUGGUACAGGCGGUGGCAGCCAGUGCUGUGGGCUUCCUGCAGGGACUGAGAAGGCUCGUGAAGGGCAUCCGCAAUCACUGACAGCUGCUUCCUGGUCUCUUCACCACUGUAGUUCUCUCAUUUCCAAAUCUACCAGUAAGAUCUCUUUGAAGCUAUCCUGUUAUAUUUGUUAACAAUCUAAUUAAAUGGUAUCAGCACUUUAACCAAUGACAUUUGCAUAGAGAGAAA